UUUCGCGAUCGUUUUCGAUUUACGACUCCUCACUCUCCUUGCUCCCGCUCCCAAUUCUCUCUAUAGCUGCAACUGGUAUUGGAUCAUAAAUCGUCGUGAAUAGCUCUAAUUUUUGGAGGAAAAGAUGUCUGGGAAAGGCGCUAAAGGUUUAAUAAUGGGGAAAUCGCCUGCCCUGAGCAAGGAUAAGGAUAAGAAGAAACCCGUCUCUCGUUCUUCUCGAGCUGGCCUUCAGUUCCCGGUUGGUCGGAUCCACCGUCUGCUCAAGUCAAGAAUUGCAGCCAAUGGCAGAGUGGGAGCCACAGCUGCUGUGUACACUGCAGCAAUCUUGGAGUAUCUGACUGCUGAAGUGUUGGAGCUUGCUGGUAAUGCUAGCAAGGAUUUAAAGGUAAAACGUAUUACUCCAAGGCACUUGCAGCUUGCGAUUCGAGGAGAUGAAGAACUGGAUACUCUGAUCAAAGGAACAAUAGCUGGUGGAGGUGUGAUUCCACACAUUCACAAGUCUCUCAUCAACAAGUCUUCGAAGGACUAAUUCCCUACCUGUCAUACCAUUCAUGCUAUCAUCAUGGGGAGAGUGCUUGAGGAUCAUAUACAUCUGCGAAUCUAUUAUGGGUGGAUUUUUUUUCUUCACCAUGGCCAUGACAAUGACAUUUAUUUGUCCCCUUAUAUUUUUUUUUUGGUGGCAUAAAGACUUGGUUUCAUCUCCAUUUAAGUGGGAUAAUUCCAAAACAUGGAGGAUGACAUUGUUGGCUAGAUUUCCAUUUUAUGUUUUUUGGUUUCAGAAUUUGUUUCA